UUCACACAAAGUUCAAGAACUCGCGAUGAAGCUCCCGAUUUCGGUUGAUUCCUUUGAUUUUAAAGACCCGUUCAAAGCAGAACAAUUCGAAUGGCUGCUCCAGUGGAGCAAUCUUAAUUGCUGCAAUAUGGACGUCUCCUCGGAACUUACGGAUUUAGAAAUGCAACUCCUAUCCGCCAAAAGCCAGAAUGAGCUCGUCCUGGAGCGAGAUCAGCUAUUGGUACAGCUCAAGGCCGAACAAGAAGAAAAUUGGGAGCUCCAAAAUGCCAUGGAAAAGGUAACAUACGAUUACCAGUUCGCUACUUCCCAGAAGGAUGAACUGACGAUUGAGCGAGAUGGCAUGAAACUGCGAUUGGAAGAAAUAAAUACAAAGCAUCAAUGCAUCGUUGCGAAGUUGGAGGCACAGAUCGGUUCAAUGCAGACUAUCAUUUCUGAGUCGCAACAAGAAAUAAUAAAAAAGGAGCAGUUGCGUCGUCAAUUGCUGAAUGACCUCGAAGCACAAGAGCGGGUGCAUCUGGAGGAAAUAAACAAACUAAAACAAAAUCUGGAGAACAACAACUUGGAUAGCAUCAGCUGCUCCAUCUGCUUGGAUGUCUGGACCGAGAGCGGUGACCAUCGGGUCGUCUCUGUGGCAUGCGGUCAUCUCUUCGGUGACUCCUGUAUUCGAUCUUACCUUAGAUAUAAUAGCAUGUGCCCGAUAUGCCGGCAGGAGGCCUCCGUCGCAGAUCUUCGCUACAUAUUUGGUCGCCGCAUUUUGCCCGACCAACAAUGAUGUUAAAUUAUUAAUUACAAAUGUCUG